CCAUGAAAGAGUUUUGAUCCAGCACGAAGAAGUGAACGAAGCAGUAGUAGGAGAAGAAAUAGCAGAAGAAAUUUAAAGAUUGUGGGUUUGCCUUAACGCCUUGCUUCUGACGUGGGAAGCUAACUUUUCUUUCUGAUUCACUGUUAUAUGCGGAGAGGGAGAGGAAGAGGAAGGGAGCAGAAGGGGUAGAUAUAUAUUGCAAAGAAACGAAGGGGGAGAAUGGAUGGGUUGUGUUUGAAAACUGGGAUUCAUGGGAUGGCUCCGAAGAUCUCGGUGGGUGGGGCAUUGGGGGUCCGUGCAAGUACGUCGCAGGUCUGCGCGGUGGGGCGGUCGGUGGACAAAUCGGCGGUGGCGCCACCGCCCCAGAAGGUGUCGUCGUCAAGGUUCUCGUUUCGGUACCCUUUGAAAUCUCUGUGGCCAGGGGGGCGGAGUGGUGGUGGUGGGGAUGAGGAAAGGUACAACGGGAUUGCCAUUGAGGACGCCGUUGUGGUGGAGAACAAGGUGGAAAGGAAGGCAGUCGAGGAAAUGGAGAAUAUUGGGGAAAUAGCGUCGCAAGAGGGGCAAAAUGAGAACUGGGUGUUGAAGAUUUUGCGUGUCAAGUCCCUGUGGAGAGAAAGGCAGGGGAGGAGCGCUGGUGGAGAAUCAGAGAACGAUGACGGAAAUGACAAUAUUCCUGUAACUGGAAAAGAUGACGAGGAUGACCAAGAUUCAUGCGAUGGUUGUAGAGUUGAUAGCAGUGAUGAUGAUGAAGUGAGGAUUGAAUUUGAUAGAGAUUCUUUCUCCAGGAUGCUAAGGCGGGUGUCUCUUGCUGAGGCUAAGCUAUACGCUCAAAUGUCAUAUUUGGGGAACUUGGCUUAUUCCAUCCCAAAGAUUAAGCCUGGAAAUCUUUUGAAAUAUCGCGGUCUCCGUUUUGUAACAUCUUCCAUUAAAAAGAGAGAAUUGGCUAUGGAAGCUGAGAAAAGUCAGGCGUCAGUUGAAAAUCAGGAAGCAGAAAGAAAUGGUAAGGAUGAGGCAGAGUACAAGGAGGAGAAAAGUAUUGGUCCAAGGAUAAGUGCAUCUGCUGCAUAUGGAAUGGUGGCCUCUGCUGCUUCCUAUUUACAUUCUCAUACAAAGAACAUUCUUCCAUUCAAAUCUUUGGCAGCCAAAGGCAGUAAAAAUUCAUCUGAAGGUAGCUGUGGAAAUGAUGGUGGUGCUGAUUUGAUGAACGUAGAUGUGGCUUCUUUGAUAGCAACAACAGAUUCUGUGACUGCUGUGGUUGCUGCAAAAGAAGAAGUGAAGCAGGCUGUUGCAGAUAAUUUGAAUUCCACACAUUCAUCACCAUGCGAGUGGUUUAUAUGUGAUGAUGAUCAGAGUGCUACAAGAUACUUUGUGAUUCAGGGAUCUGAGUCAUUAGCAUCUUGGCAAGCAAAUCUACUUUUUGAGCCUGUUCAGUUUGAGGGACUUGAUGUGCUUGUGCAUAGAGGUAUAUAUGAGGCUGCUAAAGGGAUUUAUGAGCAAAUGUUGCCUGAAGUCCGUGAACACUUGAAAUCUCAUGGCAAUCAUGCAACUUUUCGCUUCACUGGACAUUCUCUUGGGGGUAGCUUGUCACUUCUUAUUAAUCUCAUGUUGCUGAUACGGGGUGAAGUGCCUGCCCAUGCUUUACUACCUGUUAUAACAUUUGGAUCACCAUCUAUCAUGUGUGGAGGUGAUCAUCUUCUUCAGAAAAUUGGGCUGCCACGAAGUCAUGUUCAAGCGAUCACAAUGCACGGCGACAUUGUUCCUCGGGCCUUCUCUUGUAAUUAUCCUAAUCAUGCUGCAAAGCUUUUGAAGGCUGUUAACAGAAACUUCAGGAAUCAUCCUUGUCUCAAUAACCAAAAGCUACUAUAUGCCCCAAUGGGGGAGCUUCUGAUUCUACAACCGGAUGAGAAAAUUUCUCCUCAGCAUGAUCUCCUUCCUUCAGGCAAUGGCCUAUAUUUUUUAAGCUGUGCACUGUCAGAUGCUGGUGAUGCAGAGAAGCUGCUUCGAGCUGCACAGACUGUAUUCUUGAACUCACCACACCCACUUGAGAUACUAAGUGACCGUUCUGCUUAUGGCUCCGAAGGAAGAAUCCAAAGAGAUCAUGACAUGAAAUCCUACUUGAAGGGUGUUCGGAGUGUGUUCCAUCAGGAGCUAAGUCGCAUGAGGAAGGCUGAAAGGGAGCGCCACAAGGUUUGGUGGUCAGUUAUCUUGCCACACAACACUAAUGCAGGCAUCAUUGUGGGGAGAUCAGCUGCAUUAAUCAACUGGGGCCUAGAACAAAUCAACUUCUCUGGCAUCCUACAUAACGGGAGAGAAACUAUCCAGAGAUUCAGUAGGUUUGUGGCAUCACACCACAUGCAUUUGCUUGUUUUUCUGUUGUUCUCUGUAAAGUUGUUACUCGUGGGGGCAUAUACCGUGAUGAGUUUUCCACUCAGUCGCUGACCAGCACGUAUUUGUGUCGGCAUCACAAUGUUUCAUUGGAUGGCAUAGAUAUGAUUAGAUUAUGAUUCUUUAUUCAUUCAUUUUAGAACAUGAAAAUUGAAAGAAAAAAGAAAAAAGAAUUACACUCUCCCCCUGUUUCCCUUCAUUGAAUACAAAAGGAGUAUACAAACACAUUACAGUUUUGAUUUACGAAUAGUAAUACAUGUCAUGUUUUAUU